AUGGCGUCGAAGAUCCGCGUGGGGCUGCGGCCGGUGAAGAGUAUCAUGGUCCGCUUCUGUCCCUUCGAGUCCAACGUGGAGAGUACGAGAAAAUUUCUUCAAUGUAUAAACCGUAAGAAAAUCCAGGCCACUAAUAGAAACUGUGAAGUGACUGCUGAUGUGAGACAUGAUGGGUCUGAACCACUUGUACAUGUUAUGUUUGCUGAUGGAGAGCGAUUGAUAAUGAAGGGAGCCAACUUGACGACAGUAGAAAUGUUAACAGCAUUGGGGUCCAGAUGUAAUGCAAAAGAGCUUAAGGAAGAACAGAAAGGCAAGAAGAAUCCCUGAAGAACAGAAAAUCAACUGUGUUUGCAUCUACAUAUGUUAAAAACAGCAGGCUGCACAGAACGCUUUUCUCCUGUGCAACAAAAUCUGAGAGAGAGAUGGCCAAAACAUGACCAGUUUAACAUGCAGGAG